CGGGAGGAGGGGAGUCGCCGCUGAUGCGCUCUCUUACACCUUAAAAGCGUAAUGUCGCCGAGCGCGAAGGGUCAGUGUUCCAUAUUAAUUCUCGCGAUCCGGUGCAAGCAAGAGCGACGGAUCAUCACUUGGCGAUCGAAGCCACCACCGGCCGAGGAAGACCACCGAGAAGAUCGCGAUUCGAUCGAAGAUCUACGCCUGAUCGUCCUGUCGUAACACUGAACACGCAUCACAAUUUCCGGCCCGCAGGAUGAUCCUACCUCGCAAUUUCUGCAAUUACCUGUCGAUCGUCGCGGUGAUCGGUCUGAGCUCGAGCAUUCUAAUGGCGAAUUCCACGACGCUCAACGCCCUCAAAUUAGUUAACGUGGUGUUCCGACACGGCGACCGAACGCCCGAUAACAACGGAUUCGAGAUGUAUCCGAACGACCCGUAUCUGAAUUAUUCCUUCUAUCCGACGGGUCUCGGACAACUGACUUUAGCCGGCAAGAGACGCGAGUAUAAUUUGGGUCAAGUUUUGCGCGCCAGAUACGACGGUUAUCUGAGUAAGGUAUACGUACCGAAAGACUUGGUGGCACGCAGCUCGGACUACGAUCGAACAAAGAUGUCCUUGCAACUUGUUCUCGCAGGCUUGUAUCCGCCGCCGGUUGUUCAACGGUGGAACAAGUGGCUCAAUUGGCAGCCGAUCCCGGCGUCGUACACGCCGCGCGUAGACGACGGUCUCAUUCUGGCCGACGAAUGUCCCGAAUACCUCGACGAGUACGAACGGGUGCUGGAAUCGCCGGAAGUGCAGAGUAUGUUGGAUCAGUUUAAGGACUUGAGGAGCAGCUUGAUGAAGCUGACCGGCAAGAAACUGGAGAGACCCUCCUUGGACUACUACUACCUCUAUCACACUUUCAUAGCGGAGUCCUCCCUGGGAUUGCCCCUUCCCGAGUGGGUCUACGAUUAUUUCCCCAGCGGUCAGCUGUUCGACGCGACCAUAGCGUCCUACGAUAUUUCCAGUAAAAACGACAAGCUCAAGAAAUUGUUCGCCGGCCCGCUGAUUCGCGCUAUGACGGACAACAUGAUAAAAACGCAGAACGGCGCAUCGCCCGCCAAGAUUUACUUGUACGGUGGCCAUGAGACCAACAUCGCGGCCCUACUGAAAGCGCUCGAAGUGUACGAGACGCACGUGCCUGAGUACUCCAGCGCGAUUAUCAUAGAAUUGCUGCAAAUAGGUUUCGAUUAUUACGUAAAGCUGUUGUAUUAUCUGGGUAUCCCGCCGGUCAUCAAGGAACUCACGAUCCCCGGCUGCGAAGUGCUCUGUCCGUUCGACAAGUUCUUAGACCUGACGGAAAAGCUGAUCCCGCUCGAGAACGAAAUCAUCUGCGACAAGAGGAAAACUCCGGAUUACGCCAAUGUGCCGUAUCCGGCCGCGGUGCAGGAGAUGCUGUACAAUUUGUUAAAAACGAACAGAAACGAGACGCGGCGGUGAAGUGUAAUGACGUGCCGCCCUGAUCACCGAGACUGAAACACCGGGUGGUAAAAACGACGAUACUUCGAACGUUGAAACGUUCGCGCCCCCCCCCCCCCCCAAACCUCCCUCCUAUGCCACCGUGAUAUUAUUUCCUUCGCAUAAGUCGGUCGUUAAUCCAUUCCAUUCACUCGCUCAUCGUCACAUCGUCGAAUCAUUGUUCAAAGCGGGUCUCAACUACUCAACAUCGGUGCAUCACAGCGAGGGUCGACGGAAGUUUGCCCCGCGGGGCUACGAGGUUCCCACUGUGCUUCCGGGUGAUCUCGUCUCCGAUAUCGUCAGGUUUCUCUCCGUUCUUUCCUUGCCUUGUAUUUAUUAUAUAUCGAAGACGUCAUCGCCCAGCAAGCCACGAAGCAUUUAUACGAUUAUUAUCAUUGUCUGUCGAUAUUCCGUCGAAUUAUUCGCUUAUUUCCUGUUUCGAGCAGUCACUUGCUUAAAAAUAAAGUAUUAUAUAUUUAUUAUAGAAUGAA